GGGCCCAAGACUGUUCAUCCGCCUCCCAGCAUACAUAAGGGGGAUUACCAAUAGACACCUGGCUGUCUUCAAGAAGGCACUGGACAGGCACGUGAAGUCAGUACUCACCAGCCGGGCUGUGGUUCGUACUUCAGUUUGCAAGCGGCCAGCAUUAACAGCCUGGUUGAUCAGACCCUGAUCCACCACCAGGCCUGGUCUCAGACGGAGCCGCGAGGACAUUGACCCCCUGAAACCCUCUUCAGGUAAACUCCAGGAAAAGCCAAGUAAUUAGUGAAAGCAAGCAAAGAGUAACUAGAACUACUGCAGUCACCAGGAGGACUAGUAUAUUCAUCAAGACUAAUACUGUCAACAGAAGGACAAGUACGAUCACCAACAGGACUAGUACAGUCACCAGCAGGGCUGAUACAGUCACCAACAGGGUUGGUACAGUCACCAACAGGGUUGGUACAGUCACCAACAGGGUUGGUACAGUCACCAACAGGGUUGGUACAGUCACCAACAGGGUUGGUACAGUCACCAGGAGGACUAACUAGUACAGCUUAAUUAAGCUUCGGUUAAAUGAGAACUUCGGAUACAUAUCUUGAUGGGGAAAGCUUAAUAUUCCGGAUAAGAAGAGUUUUAUAAUCGACUAAAGCCUGGAUAAGCUGGAACUUUAGCUUCGGAUAAGAGGGACCUUUGAGUAAGCAAUAAUCGUCGGCCAGUGACGACUUCGUAAAUACGAUAAUUAAUGAAAAAAAGAUCGAUAUAUAAUCUUUUGAGAAUUAUUUUUAAGGUGAUUCGUGGACUGACAAUUAAUAAUGAAAGAGAAUAAGGUAAUUCGGAUAACUGCGAGACGUGAAUAACUGGGAAGUAAACAAAGAAGUAUAAUAAUUCAAACAAGGAAUUAAUUAGAUGACUGACAAUAAUUUAGAUUAUUAAUAAUUAUGGAUGGUUAGGGAAAUCUGUUAAAACCAAAAUCUUGGCAUAAAAAAUAUUAAAAAGAUAUUGAAGUUCGGAUAGGUGAGACGACCUGAUAAACGACAACUUAAGAUAAGGACUCUGACCCUCAUGGUAACCGACUAGUCCGGAUAACGAAGCUCUUUGGAUAACCGAAGAGGGGAAAGAAACAAACUCUCUUGAGUCCAAUCGAUCGAAAAAUUCGGAUAAACGAGCAGUGCAAUUAAAGGGACAGAGAGAGAGAGAGAGAUGGCUACGGAUAAGAUCCAGCGGACACUGGCUCUCAUUAAGCCGGAUGCCAUCGACAAGUCUCCUGAGAUCGAGAAGAUCAUCUUGGAAGAAGGCUUCACUGUGGUCGAUCGGCGGCGCGUGCGGCUGACGCGGGCGGAAGCGGAAGAAUUCUAUGGAGAACACCGCGGGAAGUCCUUCUAUAACUCCUUGGUCGAUUAUAUCACCUCUGGAGAGGUGUUAGCCUUCAUUCUUGCAGGAGACGACGCCAUCAAUCACUGGAGGAGAGUGCUGGGCCCCACGCAGGUGUCGAGGGCCAGGCACGAGGCCCCUGGGUCCAUCAGGGCCAGGUUUGGUAACUCAAACAAUGACUUCCACAACGCUGCCCACGGCUCAGACUCCGUCAACUCAGCACAGCGGGAGAUCAGGUUCUUCUUCCCUGAUUUGACCUUGGAACCUGUACUGACUGGGGAAGGAGCUAAGGAGUACCUCAGUCACGCUGUUUCGCCCACGCUGGUUCGAGCCCUAACAGAACUCUGCAAGGUUCGACCGGAAGACCCAAUUGUGUGGUUGGCUGACUGGCUGUUAGUUAACAACCCCAACAAACCGAACACAGACAUGUAAGCCACAGCCACGCAAGUCUACCCUCCAUAAGCAACCGAAAACGAGAAAAGCGCUGGAAAAAGGGAAGAAAACGGCGAGUGUGAGAGAAAAUGGGAAGAACAGGCAACAGAAAAUGAGAAGAUGGCUGGAAAAUGGGAAGAAAUGGAUAGUGUGAGGGAAGAUGGGAAGAAUAUGCGAUAGAAAAUGAGAUGGCUGGAAAAUGGGAAGAAAACAGUGAGAUAAAAUGGGACGAAUACACAAGAGAAAAUGAGAAGAGUGGUUGAAUAAACGAAGAACAUGGCAAUAGUGAGAGGACAUGAGACGAAUACACAAUAGUAAACGUAAGGAUCACUGAAAAAUGAGAAGAAAACGGCGAGUGUGAGAGAAAAUGGGAAGCGAGAUGGCAACAGCUAGCAUUGUAGAAAACGUUGUGUAACAGAAUAUAUAACACUGAUACUGGAUAAAAUCACGUUUAAAAAUAAGUAUUAAUAAACAUUGAAAAGAAUUAAUAAUAGUAACUGCAAAAUAAAACCACUGAUUAGAAAACGGAAAGUGUGUUCUUGUACAGACACACAAGUAUAAUAGAAAACGGGAAGCAUAACAAAAAACGUGUCUUUGCUAUAGAAAACAGUUAUCAUGAAAGAAAACAGAAAAUGUGCUCUUGCUAUAGAAAACGGUUAUCAUGAUAGAAAACGGAAAAUAUGUUCUCACUGAUGUGAAAAGUAUAAUAGAAAGUGAGAAAUAUAAUAGAAAAUGGGAAGUAUAACAAAAAACGUGUCCUCACUAUAGAAAACGAUCAAGAUAGAAAUCACAUUUCGGGAAAUAAACGAAAUGUGUUUUUCCUGAAAAAAAGGAAAAAAAAAGAGAGAAAAAAUCAGUAAAAUGGGCAAAAAUUAUAGAAAACGUGAAAUGUGGAGCCUAGAGGCCCGUCCAGACGUCUGCAACUACGGAAAUAAUUGAAAAAAAUAUUUCACCAGAUUACCUUUUAUGGAUUCAUAGCUUUCCAUGAUCAAUAAUAAUAAUAAUAAUGGUAAUACUGAUAAUAAUAAUGAUGAUAAUGAUAAUAUUUUUUAUUAUUAACACAUCGGCCAUCUGUCAUCAAGGCGGAGUGGCCCGAUAAAGAGAAACUUUCGCCAUCAUUCACUCCAUCACUGUCUUGCCAGAGACAAACCUACACUAUAGUUAUAAAACUGCAACAAUAACACCCUUCCUUCAGAGUGCAGACACUGUACUUCAUAUCUCCAGGACUCAAGUCCGGCCUGCCGGUUUCCCUUGAAUCCCUUCAUAAAUGUUACCUUGCUUACACUCCAACAGCACGUCAAGUUCUAAAAACCAUUUGUCUCCAUUUGCUCCUGUCUAACACGCUCACGCAAGUUUGCUGGAAAUCCAACCCCUCGCACACGAAACCUCCUUUACCCCCCCUUUCCUAGGUCGACCCCUACCCACCUUCCCUCCCUUCUAGAUUUAUACACUCUUGAAGUCAUUCUAAUCCCUCACCUCCUCCUAAUUUCCAAACAACGAAUUCUCUGCAUUAUAUUCACACCACACAUUGCCCUCAGACACGACAUCUCCACUGCCUCCAGCCUUCUCCUCGUUGCAACAUUCAUCACCCAUGCUUCACACCCAUAUAAGAGCGUUGGUAUAACUAUACUCUCAUACAUUCCCCUCUUUGCUUCCAUGGACAAAGUUCUUUCUCUCCACAGACUCCUCAGUGAACAACUCACCGUUUUCCCCUCAUCAAUUCUGUGAUUCACCUCAUCUUUCAUAGACCCAUCUGCUGACACUCCCACUCCUAAAUAUCUGAAUACAUUCACCUCCUCCAUACUCUCUCCCUCCAACCUGAUAUCCAAUCUUUCAUUACCUA